AUGUCUUCUGGCUCUUCCAUCCUCACUAACCUUGUUCCGUCGCUCAACGGCGAGAACUAUACACUCUUCUCGCAGCAGUUCGAGGCCUAUCUUAUGCAGCAGGGCCAGUUCUCCGUCAUGGAGGAGUUCCUUGAGUUAGACAACAAGUCUACGUUCACUGUGGCCGGUGUUAGCGUUACUGCACCUGACGGUUCUACCUCCUCUACCACCGCUUCUAUCACCGAGAAGUGCAUCGAUCAUGAGGACUACAACGAACGUCUCACCAAGAACUAUAUAUCAACAAUGUCUUCUGGCUCUUCCAUCCUCACUAACCUCGUUCUGACGCUUAACGGCAAGAACUAUACUCUCUUCUCGCAGCAGUUCGAGGCCUACCUCAUGCAGCAGGGCCAGUUCUCCGUCAUCGAAGACUUCCUUGAGGUUAAAGAAGGCGAUACGUUCGUUGAGUCUACUACAGCGGGCACUACUUCGCCUGGUGGUGUGCAUACUACUCCUGCCACCACUUUGAACACCGUCAUGCUUGAGCCAGACGACUUUUACGGUCGUCUUAACCACAAGUAUGUUAGGUACCUCAAGACGGAUGCUGACUGGAAGGCUAAGGACUCCCAAGUCCGCGGCGCUCUUCUUCUGCGCUGCAUCCCUGCUAUCUCGAACAAGCUUCGCGAGGAAAACUGCGCUUUUGAUAUGUGGAUCUAUCUCAAGAAGACGUAUGGCACGUCUGGCACUGCCAGUGUCUACAAUGUCUUUCUGCAGUUCCUCUACGCUACUAUCCCUUCCAAGGGUAACCCGCUUCAGGCUAUUGAGCGCAUUGACCAGCAUGUUCGCCGCAUGGCUGAGCUCGAUGUUGAGAUACCGCAGUUCAUUCACGCCAUGGUAUUGCUCUCCAAGCUCCCUGCGUACAUGAAGUUUGUCCAGCAGCUCUCGCAGGACAAGGAGCUCAACAACAUGGACCCUGAUGAGAUUAA